UUCAGGGUCCAGAUCCCUAGACUCCUGAGAUGAGGAGCAGUGGCAGAGGAGGGAAGGGCAUUAGGAAACACUAAAGCUGCCCCUGAGGUGCCAGCUGUCCGAGGGGACCCUGAAGAAAAGGAAGGAGGUAUGGAUGGAAGUAUCUGUCUUCUUGAGUGCUGUCCACUAUCCACGGGAGCAGCCCUGUCAUGGCCAGCUGCAAGCUAGCCCUUCUGCUACUGCUGCUGCUGACCACCCACCCUGAGCCCUCAAAGGCUCAGCACUGGUCCCAUGGCUGGUACCCAGGAGGAAAGCGAGCUUCCAGCUCAGCCCAGCACCCACAGCAUGCCCCAAGGCUCCCAGCAAGCAGACCAGACCAGACUGCCCUUAACCUCCCAAGUGAUGCCCUGGCUUCCCCUGAGAACACUGCGCCCUGGGAGGCCAGAACCACAGGCUGGUGGUCCCUCCGCAGGAAGCAGCACCUAGUGCAGACACUGCAGACCCCGAGCGCCGCGCCCUGAAGCCUUUCAAUAAAGAUGUGAACUCC